CCUCGAUUCUUCCUCGUCUCGACAUCUGCUUUUUUCUGCUUCUCUCGGACUGUUCGCCACAUCUUCUUCACUCCUAUCGGUUCGGUACCAUGAGCGCCAAUGGGCUCCUGCGCAAGGAUCAACUCGAGCUCAGUCUCCACGACGAGAAAAAGCUGAUCGAGGAAGGCAUUCUCAAAGAAGACAAUCCCCUCGAUUUCAGCGUCAAUUUCCAGAGACUAUGCGACGCUUGCAGAAGAGGCGAUCUCAAGCUCUGCCAGGAGAUGAUUCAGGAGGGCGCAAACAUUAAUGCAAAAGAUCAAUAUGAUUAUACCCCUCUGAUUCUGGCUAGUUUGUGUGGACAUUAUGAGGUUGUACAACUAUUGUUAGAAUCCGGCGCGUUGUGCGAACGAGAUACAUUCCAGGGUGAGAGAUGUCUUUAUAAUGCUUUGAACGACCGGAUACGAAAUCUUUUGUUACAGUACGACUAUUCCAAGUCGACUGAUCCUUUACAGCCGUUAGCGUCACAUUUGGUCUCAUUGCUCAGUCGGGACCAACCCAAGACUCAUGAUAUUACCGUCGUUACGCCCAGCGAGUCAUUCCGUCUGCAUAAGUUCAUCCUCUCGGCUCGUUCCCCUUACUUUAAAAGCAAACUCAGCCAAUCUCCAGACACCAAACUCUGGAAACCAGCCCCCACGAUUCCACCACAGUCAUUUGCCAUCGCCCUGAAACAUCUAUAUCUGGGGGAAGUGCCCAGAGAUCUUGGCGGAGGGCCAGGUACCGGGUUUACAGAUUCCGAAAUCCUUGCUGGCGUCGACCGAAUAAGCAAGCACCUAGAGAUUCACAACCUGUCACAGCUAAUCCUCGACAGCAGUGACCGUCGCUUGGCAAGACAGCGGCGUCAAGACGAAGUCCAGAGAGGUCGCGACCAGCUCGAGCAGUGGUUCCGUGAGAACGUCUUGAAGCACGCAAUCGAGGUCGAGACUUCACGAGCCGAUGAUGUCAAAUGGGAUCGUGACAAUGGCAUCUUUGCAGACGUGCUUCUCCGCGCCGACGAGGACGAAUUUGAAGAAGAAAUCACAACCGACCGGCAACCACAACAGUCCCGAUCUGCCACAAAUGCGCUAGGCAUCCCCUUAGACCAAAGGUCCAAUACAUCGCGCUCUCCCUCCCGCUCCAGGAAACCACGCAAAUCCAAAAUCUACCCUUGCCACAAAGCCAUGCUCAUCCGCUCCGAGUAUUUCAUGACCAUGUUUGAAUCCUCCUUCCGCGAAGCACAGGAUACGCCGCACCUCCAGAUUGUGCCCAUCGACUGUAGCCCCGAGGUCCUGGAAAUCAUACUGACAUUUCUGUACGCUGAAAAGGCGGACUUUGGGCUAGAAAUCGCCGUCGACGUCCUCUUCGCCGCGGACAUGCUCUUUUUGGAGAAAGUGAAAGCGAAAUCGGCCCUCGUGAUCUCUUCGUUGGGCAGCGGAAACGCAAUGGCGAUGCCGAACGCCAUCUCCCCCGAGACAGCCUCCGAGAACGGCGCGAACACGCAUCUCUCCGAAGGGGACGAGGAUAUGGACAUCUACGAAAUCCUGCGCGCCGCCUGGCUCACCCGGGUCCAACGCCUGGAGGAAUUCGCCGCACGUUACAUCGCCUACCGCCUCGAGUCUUACAUCGACGACCCGGACUUUGCAGAGCUGGUGAAGGAGUCUGCCAGUCGAAUCAGCGCGAGGCAGGAAACGGACUCGAUCGAACUGUUGGAUGACAUCCGGUACUACCUGAGCGAGAGGUUCCGGUUGCGAUUCGAGGACUCGGGUCUCGAGGACGUCAUGGACGAGGAGCAGGCGAUCAUGGCCGAGGCGCUCGUGCAGUCACCUCGACAGGGACAAGCGAAUGGGCACGCCGGCGAGCCAACAGCAGCAUCUGCCUCGCUGCCGCGGUGGGGUUCGGAGCCCGCGACACAGGCAGACUCGCAGAAGGGGUCACACUUCCCCGACGACGAAGGCGUGGACAUGUCGACGCCCACGCGUGCUCCCGCCGGGGGAGGCCCGACAGGCCACGACCCGGACUCGGUCGAGGCGCUCCUGCAAUCCGGCGCCGUGCGCACGCUCGACGGCGAACUCGCGGGCGACGAAUUCACCGCCGACGCCGUCAACUACCAGAUUCUCCUGGCCAAGAUUGACCGCCUGCUCGAGCAGUUGAAGCUGGAUGCCUAAAGCCAGUUCAAACAACCGCCUACAGCUGUCUGGGGCUGCAGAAUCAUCGAAUGGCUUGCUCGGCCUACCACCCCUUCCCCCCCCCCUUUGGUCAACUCUGGUGUUGGGUGGUCGAGACCUCACGGUGAGGCCCUUGAGAGGGAAUCAAUUGUCGUACUACAUUUGGUUCUCCACCUGGACUUCAUCUGAUCUUUUCCUUUGACGAGCCCUUUUGGGUCGGAUUAUGAAUAUUGGCGUGGACGAGAACCGGCAUUAUUGCAUAUAAAUUAAGAUAGAAAAUAGAUGACCAAGGUCAACCGCUACGAGAGGAACAAAGACAAAGUACAGCAUGAGAAACCCACGUAUCAGAAACUUCUUUUUGGGAAAAUGUUCCAAGGCAAGGACUAGCU